CGGUCCGCGAUUUGCCCGUGUUCUUCUGGUACAAGGUCCACCAGAGGCCGCUCUGCCAGGAUCGGUGGGGUCCCAAGCCCCGGGGUGGGCGCUGGAGCGGUGCCCGCUGCGUGGCUGCACGGCUCGUAGCCGUCGGGGGCGCCCGGGGUGGGGGAUCGCGGCCGGCGCGUGGCGGGCGGGGCGCGGGCGGCGCGGGGCGGAGCCUGCCGCGGGCGGCGCUGUCCCCAGGCUCCCAGCCGCGGUGGCCGCCGUGGAAGGGCAGCUGGAGAGAGCGGGCGCAGAGAAGUCACACAGUGAAAUUGGAAAACAUACGGGACCUCCCUGCAAGCCGGCGCCGCCCGCUUCCUCCCCGAGGGGCUUCGAGAGGAUGCGACCCGACGCCUGCACUCCGGGAACGCAGGGCUAGGGUGUCCGGGAGGGAUGCGGGUGCCCAGCCAUUUUGGCUGCGAAUUGGAAGAAAAAAUAAAAAGAAGAAAACUAGCUGUCCAUGAACUAAGUCGCCCUGAGCCAGUGCCUCGUGGGUGCUGGCACCCACAGGGAGCUUAAGUCACCACCAUUCGCCCACUUAGCUUAUCCCUUGGACAAGAAAGGGCCUGUGGUAGCCCAGACUCCCUGGCCGUCUAUAAGGAGCUUUAGCUAAGAGGGGAAGAAAGAGGCCGGAGGCAGCCUGCCUCCUCUAGGUCCUAGAGCUCUGGAGAAAGAAUGUCCUGGUCCAGCUGCCUACGCACUGUCCCUCCUCGAGGCUUCUGCAGGAGCUAAGCCAUCUUGGGCCAUAGGGAGGGACCCGACUGAACUGGAAGGCUGAGAACACCCUCCGUGCCCAGAUGCCAGAGUAGCUACCCUGUCCCCUGCUCCCCAGCCCAGGGGCAGUCAAGGGAAGAGCAAUGGAGACCUGCUUGGGCAGGUAAGAGCAAGGGCUGUCAGUGCAGAGACUGCUCUGUCUCUAAUAGUCAGGGAAGGGGCUGGGCAGUUGCCUCAGACGCCUUAAACUCGGGAGGCAGAGGCAGGUGGAGCUGUGUGAGUUCAAGACCAGCCUGGUCCACAGAGCUAGUUCGGGGACAACCAGGGCAACACAGAAAAACCCUGUCUUGAAAGACCAAAAAAGAAGAGAAAAAAAGAAGGUAGAGAUUGUUAGAAGGGGCCUGGUCCGUAACAAGGGACUUCUACUUCCUGAAAAGUUGGCAACCAGGAUGUGGGGAGCCUGGGUGGGGGUGGGUAAUGUCGUAACACUCCUGGCUCCCUCUGAUGGCCCCCACCCCUUGACGUGCAGGCUCUGGCUAUGUGUGAUGCUGCUUCUGCCUCUUCUUCAGCUCUGCCAGGAUCAGGAGCUGUUUGGACCUUCUCUUCAGACACCAUCAGAGGAGGACCAGGUUCCUGAGGGCCUCUGGGGACAUUGGGGCCGGUGGGCCUCCUGCUCCCAGCCCUGUGGGGUGGGGGUGCAGCGCAGAAGCCGAACAUGUGAACUGCACCCUGGCCUAUCCCUUCCUCCCCGACCCCCAAGACAUCCAGAAGCCCUCCGGCCCCGGGGUCGGGAUCAGGGCUCCAGAUCCCAGACUCCCCGGGAUCCCCAGUCCCUGUACAGACCACCACCUCGGGGAAGGGGUGGCCCUCUUCAAGGCCCUGCUUCUCAACUGGGGAGAGAGAAGACCCAAGAGACUCAAGGGGCCCAGAGGUCCCGGGUUCGAGACCCUAUCAAGCCAGGGAUGUUUGGUUAUGGGAGAGUGCCCUUUGCCUUGCCGCUGCACCGGAGCCGCAGGCACCCCCGCAGACCCAGACUGGAGCAACCGAAGAACUCUACAGGGGAAGGGUCCCUUCCAUCCCAGCCUCUAAGCACAGAAGCGGCCCCUGCAGACCGCAGCCCUCAAACGCAGCUUCCCGAACUGCAUGCCCAUCCCGGCUCCCCACAAGCUGAAACUCCAAAGUCUGGAAGUACUCAGAUAGAGGUGCCCCCCAGAAGCGGUUCUGCUCCCUCUGACACGGGGAUCCCUUCACCCACGUCCUUCGUUGGAGACAGUAGGUCUUUCCAGGGAUCCCCUGGGCCACGGAUGCCAUCUUCCCAGGGUUGGAACAGUCCCCAGGGAGCAGAGCCACGCCCUCAUCCUUUCCCUUCUGUCCCCCGGAGUCGGAGUCGAGGCCAACAGAGCAGAGGGCCCUGGAGACCUCGAGGGAGUCCUCCCAGGUCCCCAGAAGGCUGGCUGCCUCUAACAAGAGACUUCAGCCCCCUCUGGAGCCUUUUUACUCCCGGUAGCCCUGUUCCAAAAUGCCCUGGGGAGAGCGAGCAGCUGAGAGCCUGCAGUCAAGAGCUUUGCCCCCCUGAGCAGCCAGACCCCAGAGCCCUGCAGUGUGCCGCCUUUGACUCCCAGGAAUUCAUGGGCCAGCUGUACCAGUGGGAGCCCUUCACUGAAGUUCAGGGUUCCCAGCGCUGUGAACUGAACUGUCGCCCCCGUGGCUUCCGCUUCUAUGUCCGUCACACCGAAAAGGUUCAGGAUGGGACCCUGUGUCAGCCUGGAUCCUUAGAUAUUUGUGUCGCGGGUCGCUGCCUGAGCCCCGGCUGUGAUGGGAUCCUUGGCUCUGGCAGGCGUCCAGAUGGUUGCGGAGUCUGCGGAGGUGAUGGCUCUACCUGUCGGCUUGUUUCGGGAAACCUCACUGACCGAGGGGGCCCCUUGGGCUAUCAGAAGAUCCUGUGGAUCCCUGUGGGAGCCACCCAUCUUCAGAUUUCCCAGUUCCGACCCAGUUCCAAUUACCUCGCACUUCGAGGGCCUGGGGGCCGCUCCAUUAUCAACGGAAACUGGGCUGUGGAUCCUCCAGGGUCCUACUCGGCCGUCGGGACUGUCUUCCAGUACAACCGUCCUCCUCGGGAGGAAGGCAAGGGGGAGAGUCUGUCAGCCGAAGGCCCCACCACCCAGCCCGUGGAUGUCUAUAUGAUCUUUCAAGAGGACAACCCAGGUGUUUCUUAUCAGUAUGUCAUUGCCUCCCCUCCUGCCCUGGAGAGCCCCUCCGCCAAGCCUCCAGCCCUUCAACUUCAGCCUGAGAUGUUGAGGGGAGAGCCCCUACUUGCUCCAGCUCCCCGCCCAGUUCGGGCACCAGGCACCCUCCAGCGUCAGGUGCGGAUUCCCCAAGUGCCUGCCCUGACUCAUGCCAGGACAUCCCUGGGGUCCACCGGAUACUGGAAGCAAGUGGGACAUUCCGAAUGUUCAGCAUCCUGUGGCAAAGGUGUUUGGCGCCCCAUUUUCCUCUGCAUUUCCCGUGAGUCAGGAGAGGAGUUGGAAGAACAGAGCUGUGCCACGGGUGCCAGACCCCCAGCUUCCCCUGAACCCUGCCAUGGACCCCCGUGUCCCCCAUACUGGGAGGCUGGGGAGUGGACGUCCUGCAGCCGGUCCUGCGGCCCUGGCACCCAGCACCGCCAGCUGCUCUGCAGACAAGAAUUUGGAGGCGGUGGCUCCUCUGUGCCUCCAGAGCGUUGUGGGCAUCUCCCCCGGCCCAACAUCACCCAGCCUUGUCAGCUGCACCUCUGCGGCCACUGGGAGAUUAGCUCCCCCUGGAGCCAGUGCUCAGUGCGUUGUGGCCGUGGUCAGAGGAGCCGGCAAGUCCGGUGCGUGGGAAGCAACGGUGACGAAGUGAGCAAGCAGGAGUGUGCUUCCGGGCCUCCCCCACCGCCCAGCAGGGAGGCCUGCGACAUGGGACCCUGUACCACAGCCUGGUUUCACAGCGACUGGAGUUCCAAGUGCUCAGCCGAGUGCGGGACAGGAAUCCAGAGGCGCUCUGUGGUCUGCCUUAGGAGUGGGGAAACCCUCCAGGGGGACCAGGAAGCAGGAGCAGGAAGCACUGAGCAGGGCUGCCCUCUCAGAAGCCGCCCUCCUGACAUGCGUGCCUGCAGCUUAGGGCCCUGUGAGAGGACGUGGCGCUGGUACACAGGGCCCUGGAGUGAGUGUUCCUCGGAGUGUGGAUCUGGCACGCAGCACAGAGACAUCAUCUGCGUGUCUAAACUGGGAGCCGAGUUCAAUGUGACUUCUCCCAGCGACUGUUCCCACCUACCCAGGCCCCCUGCGCUGCAGCCCUGUCAGGGGCAGGCCUGUGAGGACCGAUGGUUUUCGACUCUCUGGAGUCCGUGCUCUCGCUCCUGCGAGGGAGGCACGCAGACACGAGAAGUCCAGUGCCUGAGUGCCAACCACACUCUGAGCGCCCGAUGCCCUCUUCAACUGCGACCUUCCCGAAAGCGGGCCUGUAACAGCCAGCCCUGCCACCAGCGCCCGGAUGACCAAUGCAAGGACAACUCUCCACACUGCCCCCUGGUGGUGCAGGCCCGGCUCUGCGUCUACCCCUACUACACAGCUACCUGCUGCCGCUCGUGCGCCCACGUCCUGGAGCGGUCCCAGCUGGAGCCUGCUUGAAAUGGGUCCAAGAGAUCCUUCUCUUCACGGUUUUCUUACGCUAGCACUGGGCACCCUCUGGCUUCUCACCUGGUCUCAGUGUCACCAGAGAUGUCUGCCCUCCGCUGUGAGAGGAUAAGGGGACUGUUCACCUGUUGUUGGGUUUGCUCUAUAGCAUGACGCCCUGAGAUGUGAACCUGGCCUACCUGGCUGUCUGCCCCUGCGUAUGUGCCACUUCCCCAAAAGCAGACUGGGGAAGAGUGGGAAGUGGGCGACGCUUGUUUCCUGGAUGCUUUCUGGGCUGAGGAGGAGCAGGGUGACCUCCCCACACUAGUCUGAGCUACUUAAAGUGUGCCCCCCACAAGUUCCAGUGUGUGUCUCAAUCCUGAUUCCCAGAUCAGGUCUCACACCUAAGCUACCCUGCUGCCCUCCCCCACACUUAUCUAGCCUCUGUAUCCCUACCUCCCCAUCAGCUAGGGGACCCUUGCUACCCUUCCUUGUCCAGGAAGGACCAGGCCUCUCCAGAGCAGGGACCAGUUGUGAAGAGGAUGAAAAAGAGCUGUCAGUAGAAGACACCCUAGCCCCGCCCCCACUCCACACCGAAAGUGAUGCCCAUCCCAGAACUAAUUUAUUUUUUAUUAAAGUUGAUUGUGACAAUGAC